GACUGAGCUUGUUUGGAAGUUGCAAGUUUUUGAGUUUCGCAGCGAUAGGUUUUCUUGGACGAUACAGAUAUAUUAUUGCGCGAGGCUGCUGUUACCGUUACUACUCAGAACACCUACUUUCAGAACCAUCAUACAAUAUGAACUGGCUAUCUAAUCUCCUCCGCGGUAAACUGAAUAGCAUUGGGGAAAAGAAGAGGAGGAAGAGUAGCAGCCAACGUGUUGAUGACGGGAGCGAUGCUUUCCCGCCGAGCGCGGUAACAACAACUAAAACAACUACGGCGCAUAACCCACCCACUUCAGUCUCACCACCCCCACCCACAUCCUCCAACCCUUCAACCAUCUCAUCGGCGCCACAACGGCCGCCCAUUCCUCGCAUACCUACCGAUAUCAUUACUGCGACGGAAAAGGGUAUGAUAGGCGCCCCCUUCUGCAUACCGAGUGACUCGUCCACGACGUCGAGCCAAGGGCAUGAAUCUGAGGCGAGAGAUGUGGUCGGGGAAGGGACGUUGCUGACGAGGGCGGAGGAGGCGUGUGGUGGGGAGGGGAGGAAGAGUAGUUGGGUGGGUGGAGAGAGGGAGGGUGGGCGGUGUGUUAUGUUUAAGGGGGUUGAUGUUUAGGGGUUUGUUGGAGGGGGUUAUGGAGUUAUAGGGUGAGGUCUGGAUAUGGAGUCUGGAAUUGCGUAUGUUGAAGGGGUUGGUGUACGAUAACGUGGAGGUCUUGAUUGAGAGACGUUUUUCUU